AUGUUGCCUGGUUUUGGUUUUCCGAUAUUAAACGUCAAUCCAGGAUUAGUAGCUGGUCAGCAGAUUUUACUAAAUGCAAAUGCAUUGCAAAGAGUAAUGGUGUCCUCCGCGAAUCCAUUGGUACAAGUACCGCUGCCUGCUGCAGCCCCUGUCAGUGGUAGGCCUACCCCUAUGCUUGUGCCACCUGGAAUGGCAGGAGAAGAGAAUCACACUGAGAGUCCACAGGCGCAGACGGACUGCCCUUGGACUAAGCAUGAAACAGCAGAAGGUCGCGUCUAUUAUUACAACAAAAUCACAAAGGAGUCGUCAUGGAAUAAGCCUGAUGAGCUGAAAACCCCACAGGAGCGUCAGGAGCGUACUACUCCGACUGCGUCCUCAUCUUCGUCCUCGAAUGUGAUUUGGAAAGAAUAUAAGACACCCGAGGGGCGAGCGUACUAUUACAACACUGUCACGAAAGAGACGACAUGGACUAGACCGGAAUGUCUGAAUACGGCUGCUCCCGCAGAAGCACCCAAACCUGCUACAACUGCUGUUACCGAAGAGGUUAAGAAGGAGAAAACGGAAGAGCCAAAGGAGGAAAGCGAAAUGGAAAAAGCGAUGAAGGCCACACUUGCCUCAAUGACAGUACCUCUACCUGCAGAAACUCAUUCAGCAACUCCUGAACAGGCAGUGGAAGUUGCUGCGGAUGAUAAUGAGCAAGAUCUCAAAAAGCGCCAGGCGGAACGGUUUCGCGAUUUGUUGCGAGACAAAUACAACGAAGUGAUGUGA